AUGGCCCCAACUAUUGCCAUGUCAGCUUUAUCCAUUGGCUUGAAAACUGAAGACAUUCCUUCGCGUUCGGUUCUCGUUGGAAAAGGCGAGAUGCAGACCAAUUUGAUCGUGGUGGCGGAGGAGACAGCGAUCAAGCCCAAAGUUGCGAUUCUUCCCUUCAGCGUCGAGGCUCUGAUGGCCGAUAGGAAACCGAACAGAGACUUGACAUCUCCAGAAAGAUCAUCCAUGGCGGGGACGUCCCAGGCGCUAGGCUCAAGGGUGGGCUCGCUUUCGAGUCUGGAUAACUCGGUCCCCUCCUUGGCCAUCGGGUCGUCGUUCUCAGUAGGCGACAUUAUGAACAUGCAAGAGGACGCAUUGGUUAAACCCGAGAGUCCAGAAAGUCAAGACCGAAAUUCUUGGAUACAGAGCCCUCGCUUUUCGCCUACUCCACGUAAGUUUUUAUUUUUAUUUUUUAUUCUUCCAUAAUGCGUGCGUAAAACCAGCUGCAGUAGGUUAUGCCUUUAUUAUAGAGUUAUAAUUGGGUGAAAAGUUUAGUAUGAUGUAAAGCAACGUAUUGAUUGUGGGAAUUUUAGUUUGGCAUAUAUAUUUGCAGUUUAAGCACCUAGUUGGGUAUUUUAUCACAUAGUUGGGUAUUUUCUAACGUCUCCGUUUUUACGAAUUCAUUGGCCUAACCUAUAUUAAAAUCAUGCUCCAGUUCCAUUAAGUGUUUUGGAUAUAAACUAUUUAAAAGUUUAUGGGUUUAUUAUGAAUUCUUCACAUCAAAACAACUUUAACUCGUCCAUGUCUGUCACUCUGAAAGUAUGAUUUUUGACGAUGUUUUCUCUCGUGGUUAUUGCAGGAAGACUAAGUCCCCCCGCCUGUCCACUGAGAAAGCACAAGACCAACAGAAAGCCCCGGACCCCUUUCACCACGUCCCAGCUCCUGGCUCUGGAGAGGAAGUUUCGCCAGAAGCAGUACCUCUCCAUCGCCGAGCGCGCAGAGUUCUCCAGCUCGCUCAACCUGACGGAGACCCAGGUGAAAAUAUGGUUUCAGAACAGACGAGCCAAAGCCAAGAGGCUCCAGGAGGCAGAACUGGAAAAACUGAAAAUGGCAGCCAAGCCAAUGCUGCCUCCGGCGUUCGGAAUUUCCUUUCCGCUCGGUGCGCACGUCCCCUCGUCGUAUGGAGGGUCGCACCACUUCCAGAGGCACUCCCUGCCGAUGUCUCCCAUGGGACUGUACGCUGCUCAUGUCGGAUACAGCAUGUAUCACCUCGCCUGA